AGAGGAGUCAUGUCAGAAGAAACAGUCAGCGAAUCACAAUUUUCCUUGAAGACAGUAGCACUAAGAGUGUUUGAUCUUCCUCUGUCUUGGUACUAUUCUCUCUCCCAGAUCAAAUUUUCACCAGGGAUUAAAAAGUUGUUUGUGGUAACUGCAGUGAGUGCUAUAUCUGUAAUUUUUCUGGCCCAUCACUUUAAAAGAAAACGUGGAAAGAAAAAAGGAAAAACAUUACCUUGGGAACCAGAGCACCUCAUACUUGAAUAUACUAAACGAGCAGCAUCAGACAAAGGUUCAAGUUGUUCCAGCAGUAGACAGAAUUUGACAUUGUCAUUGAGUUCUGCCAAAGACAAAGGAGCUCAGUCUUGUAACUUUGCCAACGGAGGACUUUUCAGUAAACACUCAGGUUCUGCACAGAGUUUGGCCUCAGUCCAGAGUGUCAACUCAUGUCAUAGCUGUGCUUGUGGCAACUCUAAUUCCUGGGACAAAGCAGAUGAAGAUGAUGUUAAACUUGUUAAUAUACCUGUGACCACUCCUGAGAACUUAUAUUUAAUGGGUAUGGAAUUGUUUGAAGAGGCAUUGCGUCGAUGGGAACAAGCUCUAACUUUUCGUAAUAGACAGGUUGAAGAUGAAGCAAGCUGUAGUUCCAUUAAAUUGGGUGCAGGAGAUGCUAUUGCUGAAGAAAAUGUAGAUGAUAUUAUUAGUGCUGAAUUUAUCCAUAAGCUUGAAGCUCUGCUGCAAAGAGCGUAUCGUCUUCAAGAGGAAUUUGAAGCCACCCUUGGGGCAUCUGAUCCUAAUUCACUUGCUAAUGAUAUUGAUAAAGACACAGAUAUCACCAUGAAGAGGAAUGUAGAUGAAUUUGGCCUGCGAGAUACUUUGAGCAUCGCAUCAUCUGAUUCCUUUGCUUCAACUGCAGAGCUUGCAGAACACAGGGAAAUACGACAUACUUACAUUCUACAGUCUCUUUGCCAGUGCCCUUUUUAUGAAGAAGCCAUGCAUUUAGUUGAAGAAGGAAAAAUUUACUCAAGAGUGCUUAGAACUGAAAUGUUGGAGUGCCUCGGAGACAGUGAUUUUCUUGCCAAACUUCACUGUAUUCGACAGGCUUUUCAGGUAAUUCUUUCAGAAACAGCCAAUAGGAUGUUCCUUGCUGAGAGUGGAAGGAAAAUUUUAUCAGCUUUAAUUGUGAAAGCACGAAAGAAUCCAAAGAAGUUUGAAGAUGUUUUUGAUGAAAUGAUUUAUUUUUUAGAGCAGACUGAUCACUGGGAUAGUACUGAAAUGGAACUUGCUGCUAGAGGAGUGAAAAAUAUAAAUUUUUAUGAUGUUGUUCUGGAUUUUAUAUUAAUGGAUUCCUUUGAAGAUUUAGAAAACCCACCCACAUCCAUACAGAAUGUAGUGAAUAAUCGCUGGCUAAACUCUUCUUUCAAAGAAACUGCUGUGGCUUCAAGUUGUUGGUCAGUACUGAAACAGAAGAGGCAACAGAUGAAGCAUAUCCCAGAUGGAUUUUUUGCCCAUUUUUAUGCCAUUUGUGAGCAUAUCAGCCCUGUGCUAGCCUGGGGCUUUUUGGGUCCUAGAAAUUCUCUUUAUGAUUUAUGUUGCUUCUUUAAGAAUCAAGUUGUUUUCUUUCUCAAAGACAUUUUUGAUUUCGAGAAAGUACGGUAUUCAAGUAUAGAGACUUUGGCUGAAGAUCUCAUGCAGUUACUCAUUCGCCGCACGGAACUUGUCACGGCCUAUCUGGGAGCAGAUGCACUGAGGCAUGCGAGUAGCUGUAUAAGUAAUCAUGGCCAUGUUAUGUCCAGUGGGCUAUUGGAAGCCAAAGUACAAUAAGCACCAUAAGAAUCAUAUAAUUUGAGUAUGCUAUGAAAUAUUUUAAGGUAACUAUUGAUUUUGUAACCUAUAUUACAAAAUCACAGAAUUGGUAAAUGUGGACUCAGGGAGGAAAAAAAAUCUAGUAGAGAAUAAUAAAUGGACUGUACUGUAUGUAUGCAGAAGUUCUACCAUUGAAUUCCUGUAUAGCAUAUCCAAAGCAGUUUUUUUUCCCCACAAUUUUUAGGUAACCAAUUCAAGGUGUGAAAUGUGUGUUUCCCAGAAAUAUUGCUUGAAUUGAAGGCAGUACUUGGGAGUUAAUUGAUUUGUCUUCUUGAAGCUGUCUGAAAUGUUCAGUAUCAUUCUCAAAAGCUUUGCUUUUAAGCUUUGUGCCUAGAAAAUAUAUGCUCUAGCCAAGAUGUUUGUGGCUCACACAUGUAAGAAUAUAUUACUUCUAGUGUCAACAUGUAUUUUUGCCUGAAAACAUACUUUUGAUUGUAAAAGUGUUCAUUUGUUUUACCAACUUUAGGAAGUAGUGGUGUUAAUAUGUACUGCAUACAAUAUUGCUUAUAUAUUUGCUUAUGUAACUGAAUCAAAGAAAUUACAAUGGCUGAGUAUAAUUAUGAAACAUUUAA